AUGAACCCGAUUGAUUCAACUUUAGCUUCAUCGUAUUAUCAACAAAGACAGGGUAGUUUGGAGAAACUUGCUGCUCGCAGUAUGUCUGAUUCCGAAGAAUCAGAAUCUAAUCAACGCGUUCCUCACACCGAUGCUAACGGUGUCCAAUAUAGACCACAAGAAAAUGGUCGAGUAAUAACCAAAGACGAAAUCCUCAAUCGUAUUGUCCCGUUUUAUGAA